GCGAAGCGGCGCCUCCGUUGAGAGGCCCGGCGGACCCUGCAGAGGCCCCCUGCCCCUCUGGCUCCGCCCCCACCCGGGUCGCUAGAAAUACAGCCGCAGCCCAGCCCACCGCCCACUGCGCUCCGACCCAGACCCAGCUGACCCACCAAUCCGCUAUCCUGCCCAUGGCUGACGGACUCUUUCGGCGCAGACCCUGGGGUCCCGAGCAGAUUCGCCCAGACCCCGAGUCCGAAGGCCUGUUUGACAAGCCUCCCCCGGAAGACCCUCCCGCUGCCCGCGGGCCCAGGUCCGCGUCGGCCGCGGGCAAGAAGGCUGGUCGGCGCGCGGGCGGGAGGGCGCAGGGGGGCCGCGCCGGGCAGCCCCCGAAGGCCGCAUCGCGCCCCCCGCCCAAGGAGGAGGCGCCUCCCAUGGACGAGGGCUGCUAUCUCGACCAUUUUCCGCACCUCUCUAUCUUCAUCUACGCAGCCAUCGCCUUCUCCAUCACCUCCUGCAUCUUUACCUAUAUCCAUUUACAGCUUGCCUGAGUGGCCAGCGCGGGACGGGGUGGGCGCAGGACCGAGCGGGCGGGGAAAGGGAAAACAGGGCUCGGCAUUUUGUGUUUUGGAACAGCGCUGCACCCCCUUCAUGUAGCUUUCGAUGCUUGUUUCUUUCCGUCUUUGUUGUCACUAUCUUUGUCUAUCAGUAGGAAAGUACAAAGUAGCUGCCGGCAAUGAAAUAAGGGUGCUGUUUGCACCUGCAGGUUACGGGUGGAGG